AUGCUGCUGUUCGUGUUUCUCGCAACGGUGGCCCUCUGGGGUGUACUGCGGAUGUACCGGGAGCGUCAACGUUUACUUCAAAUUGCAUCCCGAUUCGACGGGCCCAAACCGCACUGGCUGUUCGGCAAUCUACCCCUAUUCCCGGCGAACGAUAUCCCCGGCAUCUUCGAAACUAUGGUAAAGCUACACGAGCAAUACGGGCAGGAUCUCUUCAACUGGGGUCUGCUGAAUGAUCACAUGGUCGUCGUCAGCAGUGCCACCAACGUCGAGAAGGUGGCGAUGGCGAAGAAAACGGAAAAGUCUCAAAUCUACGAAUUCAUCAAACCCUGGCUCGGGCAGGGUUUGCUCAUCUCGAGCGGCGAGAAGUGGUUCCAUCGGCGGAAGAUCAUCACCCCAACGUUUCACUUCAAAAUAUUGGAAAACUUUGCGACCGUGUUUAAUCGCGAAGUUGAGGUGCUGGUGGAAAAGCUGAGCCCGUACGCGAAAACUGGGCGCGAGUUUGACAUCUACGAACCGAUCUCGCUGUACGCGCUGGACAGUAUCUGCGAAACGUCGAUGGGAGUGGCAAUCGAUGCGCAACGCCAUCCGGAGAACCAGUACGUGCGCGACGUGAAGCGUAUGAGUGAGCUGAUAUUGCUCCGCAUUUUCCAUGUGCUAUCAUCAUUCCCACAGCUCUACUGGUACACGAUGCCGAACGCUUGGGAGCAGCGGAAAUUAAUUGGACGACUGCACGCAUUCACGGACUCGGUGAUUCAAAACCGUCGGCAGCAGUUGCUUACUAUCGGACGCAGCAAGAGUGGCGGUGACCAGAUGCCUGACUCCGAUGAGGAUGAUCCGAAUGGCAAGCAGCGGAAAACCUUCCUCGAUCUGCUGCUAAACGUUACUGUCGAAGGACAGCCCCUGUCGGAUGCGGAUAUACGAGAGGAGGUGGAUACGUUUAUGUUCGAGGGUCACGACACCACCACGUCCGGGAUUGCGUUUACCUUCUAUCAACUAGCAAAGCAUCCCGAGAUUCAAGAGAGACUCUAUCAAGAGAUUCAAGACGUUCUUGGACCGGACUUCCGAUCGGUUCCGCUCACUUACAGCACGCUCCAGAACUUCCCCUACCUGGACAUGGUAGUCAAGGAAUCCUUACGUUUACUGCCACCUGUUUCGUUCAUCGGUCGCCGACUGGUAGAGGAUCUUGAGAUAAACGGUGUGACGGUACCAGCCGGUACUGACUUCACCAUUCCCAUCUACGUCAUCCACCGGAACCCGGCCAUUUAUCCCGAUCCGGAGCGGUUCGAUCCGGAACGCUUUUCGGACACCAACACUCAGCGCCGUGGACCGUACGAUUACAUCCCGUUCAGUAUCGGGUCACGGAACUGCAUCGGUCAGCGAUAUGCGCUAAUGGAGAUGAAGAUUACCGUUGUAAAGAUGUUGGCACACUAUCGUAUCUUGCCGGGUGAAAAUAUGCCACAGGUCCGUCUCAAGACCGAUCUGGUGUUGCGACCGGAUAAGGGCAUUCCGAUCAAAAUCCAGCGAAGACCGUAGUCGUCAAUAAAUGGAA